GUGAGAUGACGCACGCAUCCCGUCCGCCACCAUUUCCCCUUCUUUCCGCGUGCAGCAGCGCCACCGCGCGGCCAGGAGAGGAGACACCUACAAGAACCCUGAGCCGCUCUACAUGUGGCCGCCGUUCGUGCACUUCGUACGCGUUCGGGCCGGACGCACAGCUCGGUGUCGGAGUCUCCGCGCGCAGGUUGGAGCGGAGUUCACCCGCGGCUAAAGCCGGAGCUUCGGCUGAGACUUAUCUGAGAUUGGUAGUGGUGGACACACAGAUCCAAAGAUGCCUACAGGUUCCAGAAAUGGUGUAGGUGCGCAGAGUGUAGAGGAUGCAUCUGAGGAUGAGGAAAACCAGCUCUGCCCGAUCUGCCUGAACCCCCUUAGGCCUCUAGAGCGCGCUGUUCCUGACACCUGCAACCACGGCUACUGCCUUAGCUGCAUCCUGCGAUGGGCUCAGCUGCUGCAGAUCUGUCCGGUGGAUCGCAGACCAUUCAGCUCAAUCUGUACACAGGAUCCUGUUUUGGGAUACAUCGAGAUUCCUGUAAAAUCAUCCACCAAUUGUGUAUGCAACUCUAAAGAUGAGGAAAAGCUUGAAAGCUGUUCACUGGAGGGGAAAAACAAAAAGCGUGGAAAGGGGAGAAAAGAGCCUGUGCUGAACGGACAUGUCAGAUAUGUGGUCACUUCCCCUGCACUAAAAAAGGUUAAAGGCGAGACGUGCCGUUCACAGCUUCUUACUCAGCACAGUGAGCCUGGACCUCCAGCCCAGCAGGGGGAGACACUCGGCUUACUCACCCAAGUCACUACAAACGCAUCUGUGAUUCCUGAGGACGAGAUGAUGAUCGAGGAAUGGACAGUGUGCCUGAGAGAUACAUCAGAACACCAUUGGCUGGCUGUUCCUGUACCACCUCCCUUCACAUGUAUCCCGAGCAUGCUGUCCAGGCAUUGCCCUCGGGCUCUUUUCCAGCAGCCCAUAAUACGCUCAUCUCCAUGUUUACCAGGAUCUGGUUUCCGUGUUCUUUAUGGAAAGGUUUGUGCAGUCACGUGUCCCAAAGGCGGAGGGAGAAACGGUAAACGAGGAUCCGGAUCGAAGAGCUCAGUCAAACCAGCUGAGAAUCAUACAACACGCUCAGCUCGAAAACGCAAAACUGGGAAUGAGGAUACUUUAUCCGGAGAGUCUUCCCAGUCUGACUCUGGCUCCUCUUCUCCUGCUGGUAGUGCUUCAAACGACAUGCCAGCUUCUACAAGUAAGCAAAAACUUGCUGGCAAACAGAAACCGACCACAAAGAGGAAAGGAGGCAGAAAGAAAGCAGCAACUCGACAAGCAGCGGUCCAAAAUGAGGAACAUAGCGAGGAGGAUGAGCAGACGAGUCAAGAGGAACCUGACGCCGAUGAGGAGGAGCUAAAGAGGGAGGAGACGCCCGAGGAGACAGAAGAAGGCCAGAGUUCCUGUCAGGAGGAUGAAGAUGAAUGUUCGGAUUCUGUUGAUCAGGAUGAAGAGGAACAAGAAAGGAACAUUGAGUGUUGUUCAGCGGAGACUGAUAAUGUUUCGCCUCUCGCCUUAAAACAGUAUAACGAAGAAGAAGAGAAUGCAGACGAGGCAACGGAUAAUCAGACAUCAUCUCAGGAGGAUCAUUCUACACAGGACACAACCGAGAGUGAACCAGAAGCAUCCCUCGAAAAUGAUUACCACCAGUCCUUUGCUGAGCAGGCGAUGCAAGACGAAGCUAGCAACACUCCUGACUCCUUACUGAGCAAUGAUCAUUUGACUACUGGGCCUGAGAGCUCUUCAGAGGUAACUGAGCAUAAUCCAGAAUCUGAAGCUAAAGAAGAGCUGGUUGAGGAUAAAAAUGUAAGCAGUGAAGCAUGUCCGCUUCCUGUGUCUGACAGCAUCUCCACUCCCGAAACAGCUGGAGACUGUUUACAAAAUGAAGACACAUCGGCAACUACAGAUACAAAUCAAGAGCCGUCUCUCGAUAUUAUUAGUCAGCAGGACAACACUGAGUCUGUACCCAUGGACUGUGACUCCCCUGCUUCAGAGAACACGUCCCUCGCUGCCGAGAUGGUCUUGGAGAUCAACAGUGCUGUUGCCGAACCCCAGAUCUUAUCUGCUGACCGAGAGCAGAAGAUUGAGGUACAAGAUAAAAUCGAGCCCUCCAAAGACCAGGCGUCUUCAGACAAACGAGAAGGUCGGCAACGCAAGUCUCGGUUCCACUCGCCCACGACCACCUGGUCCCCUAAAACCGAAUCCAGGAGCGAAGGGUCGCGGAGGUCGCGAUCCAGGGACCGUAGUCGAAAUGCCAGUUCACCACGCAGGAGUCGAGGCCGCGAGCACGAAGAGGAACGAGGCGGCUUUAGACGGAACCGCAGCAGAGACAGACGGAGCCGGAGGCGCUCUCGAAGUCGGUCCAGGUCUCGCUCCAGAUCACGAUCCAGAUCACGCUCGAGAUCCAGAAACAGGCCAAGUCAGAGAGGUGGGUCUUCCGAACGCAGCGAUCAAAGGGCACAGUCGCCAUGGAAAAGAGAUUCUCGGGGAGGAGAUAGCUGGAGGUCUGGGCGUUCCUUUCACAACUCUAACAGGAGAAGCAAUCCAGAUAGAUCGUUUCCAGCGAGGGAGUUCAACUCUUCGGGGAAUGGCAGCCACUAUCCUCUGGAGGUGUCACCAGAGAGAAGUCAGGCUGAAGACCCACAAUGGGUAAAGGACAGGUUGUGGGCCAGUACCGACAGCAGGGAACGAGAUCAGCCUCCCGAGGAGAAACCUGGUGAUGCACCCACAGACUAUUGGUCUCGAGGGGGCUGGAGCUCUGAUCAAGGACGCAAUGCAGGUAGGGGUCGGGGUCGGUCCUACGGACAGUCUGGCGAGUCGGCAGAUAGCUGGCGGCAGCAGCGCAGCUCUUUCUCAGGAACAAACAACAACACAGGGAGUGACUCCUACAGUCAGUUCAACGAGAACAGACCAGGAGGAAAGAGAAAAGAUCUCGAUACCUGUGAUGCACUACUAGACCGUUCAGGAUGGUCUGCUGCCUCGAGCUGGGCAGUGCGCAGAACCCUACCUGCUGAUGUACAGAACUACUACUCACGAAGAGAAAGAGGACCUGGAUCUGGUGGCAGCAUCUGGAAUAAACAGGAGGAUGAGCAGCCUGCAGCUGGAAUCUCCAAACAACCUGAUCUCCCCCAGAGUGAGCCAAACACGCAUAUACCUAAUGAAGCAGUACCUGCCCCUCCCAGCAUACUUCCCCCUCCGAUUAACAUGCUUGGAGUGCUGCGCUACCCCGUGGCUCCUAUGGCACCUCGAGGUGCCUCUGUGACUGUCCAGCCAGCCCCAUUUGCCAUUCCCACCCAGAUCCCUGUUCAUCUCCAUCCGCCUGGACCCCCUCUUCAGAUGCACGCUAUGGCUGUACAGGGUCUUCCCCCGCCUCCUCCACCUCCUCCACCUGUCCAGCAGGGCGGCCACACUGUCCUGCCCACCGACCCUCUCCCUCAGGUGAUUACAAGCAUGCAAGGAAAAGGUGUAGCGAAGGCGUCGGCAAACAAGGCUGCAUCGUCACAGGUCCAUCUUCCCAACACCGCCCAGCCUUCCUCCACCACACAGCCCUCCUCUCACAGCAAAGCCCAUGCAGACAGCUCCAAGAAGGAGAAGAAAUUACAGAUUCAGGAAAAAGCUGUCACUGAGGUGAAAGCAGCCAUCAAGCCAUAUUACCAAAAGAAGGAUAUCACCAAGGAGGAGUACAAGGAGAUUGUACGCAAAGCUGUAGAAAAGGUCUGCCACAGCAAGAGCGGAGAAGUCGACGCCAGCAAAGUGGCCAACCUCGUGAAGGCGUACGUGGACAAGUACAAACACGUCCGCAAGAACAAAUCCGACAAGAACUGAGGGAGACGCCGCCCUGCCGCACAAGUGCAAUUCCUACCACGGCAGCCCGUCUAGACUCCAGCCGGCCGCCACGUCCGGAGAUCCUCUUCAUAUCGGUGAAACAGUAACAGAGAUUUUUCUAUAGAUUGCGUUAUUUUUGUUUCAUUUCGAUUUCCUAAGAGUGCAAACUUCCCUUUAAUUGCUUUAAUCUCUGUUGUUCUGGCGGGGCUGCUUCAAACGUUCACCGAGGGGGUGAAGAUCGAUCGACACACACUCGUCACACACUUGUCCAGUCUGUGGCGAUGCUGUGCUGUAGAAGUGAUUAAUCACAUGAAAAAAGAGUGGUACUCCCUUGAUCUUGCUUAUCCUCCCUCCGUCCCAUUGCUCUAUCUUUUUUUGUCAAGGACUUUAAUGAUGUUAUAACAUUUAAAUUUACUUUUUUUCUACUCAACAUUAUCUUAAUCUUCAAUAAAUGUCCAUUGACAAUGUGA